UCGGUCGUACGACCAAUAAAUCGCGUGUCGUACGACAAGGAGUGUGGUUCAUACUGCUUGCCUUUCAGUCUGCCAAUGGUUGUUGGCCCAUCGUUGGUCGUUGGUUCGCUAGUCGUCGGUCGUUCGUUCAACAUGUCGCAGCACAGCCUUGCGGCGAUUCCAUAUUGGAAGGAAUUCUUUAAGAUGUACCGGUCAAUGCCAGAAUUGUGGCAAGUAGGCAGUUUCCAUUAUCGCGAUCGAGCACUAAAGGAUCAAUCUUAUGGUAGACUCUUGGAUUACUUGCGCCUUGCAGAUCCGCAUGCCAAUAUCCAUACGCUAAAGCGUAAGAUUAACAAUUUCCGGACAUCGUUUCGUCGGGAACUUCGCAAGGUCCAGGAAAGUGAUAACUAUGUCCCGACAUUAUGGUACUUCCGGGAAUUGGAGUUAAUAUCUGAUUUGGAAAACGGGAAUUUAUCAAGGACAGGAGUGUCGAUGGUUCAAGAUCAUGAUAUGAGCUUGGAGCAAGAAGAUCAUGAAGACCAAGCUGAUAUCUCAGGAUUUCAAAUGUAUAAGAAAUCGCCGGAAAUCCCGACCUAUAUGCAGCCUCAUGAUGGCGGCUUAGAAGAAAACCCUGGCGUGGAUAUUAUCGAAGAAUCCCAAAACGAUUCAGUAGAUCAGAUGGCCAACAAUAGUAUAUUUCCACAUUUAAAAAUGUAUUUAAAGGAGGAAGACAUGUCAGAACACGAAGAGGAUGUCCUACGUCUUGCGACCGUAGUCGAUAAUGAGCCAGAGCCAGAACCGGAAGUUGAAACCACCGAACCUGAUCAGGAAAUCGAACAGAAAGUCUUUGUAUAUGAAUCGAUGGCAAUGGCUGGCAAUAAUAAUAUCAUAACAAAUAAUUCCUAUGCCAAUCAAUCUAGUUUUUCUCAUAUUCAGCAUGAUAGUCCGGCAUCGAUUACUACAGAUACUAGCAAUAACCGACGUAACCGUAUCCGGCGACGACGUAGCACUAAUGAAACCGAUUACGUUGAAGAUGCUAAAGCCCGUAGAACUGAUCUAAUGAUACCGGAUGCAAGUAGAGCUAGAGAUAGGGAACGUGAUAGGGAUAGAGAAAAUGAUAGCGAGAACGAGUGUGAGCUAAUCGGAAGACGAAUGGCCAGCCAUUUCCGGCAUAUGCGUCAGGAUCAGCGACUCUACGCCGAAAGGAUCAUAAGUGAAGUGUUGGUCUACGGACGUAUGAAUCGUCUUUCGUUCGAGUCACGCUUCAUCCCAGAGGGGUAAUCGGAUUCGAUUUCAGUAACAUCCUCUACAAAAAGUAUACGAAAUAUUAUUCUGAUAUCAAGACUUACUAACAACACUACAUGAUCACUUCGAAAAACUUUAAUACCAAUUUAUAAUUUUCAUUUUUAUAACUUUUCUCUUAGCUUUAUAACGCCUUUUUGUUAUUGAAAAUAAUUUAGAAACACAGCAACAUCAGAUAUGUAAUAUCGCAACUGUCAAAUAUUGUGUAUUAACAUUAUGUAACAUCUUUUGUUUAUUGUGAAUUUGUUGUCUAAAAUAUAAGAAUAACUCAAUA